CGGGCUGAAGGGGUCAUGAGUUGGGGGUUCCCAGGGAGAUUCCGCGGAGAGCGAAGGGUGCCGGGUUAGGAGGGAGGUGAGGAGCAGGAGCGGGUCCGGGACACACGGAGUCCAAAGACCCUCCACGACGCGGCCCUGUCCGCCCCGCGCACCCCGGACGCCCAGUUCCGCAGCCGCUGGAUGAUACGUGUGGCGGACGCCAUCUUCCGUUCGCGCUUCUGAAGAGCGCCGCAGCUGACGUCUCCACCGCAGGGGCUACUGGGAAAGACGCGACGUGGUCUCGCGAGACGAUAGUGGGCGGAGCUAGAACGUGCUAUAAAGGCUCUCCUCGGAGCACGUGAUUCCUCUCCGCCAGGCCGCUGCCGAGCCGCCAUUAUGGAUACCAGCCGUGUGCAGCCUAUCAAGUUGGCCAGGGUCACCAAAGUCCUGGGCAGGACCGGUUCUCAGGGACAGUGCACGCAGGUGCGCGUGGAAUUUAUGGACGACACGAGCCGCUCCAUCAUCCGCAACGUAAAAGGCCCCGUGCGCGAGGGCGACGUGCUGACCCUGUUGGAGUCCGAGAGAGAGGCCCGGAGGUUGCGCUGAGUUUGGCUGCUCGCUGGGUUUUGGAUGUUGGAUUCGACCACUUGAGACGGAAAUGGUGUGUCACGAUCUGGUCCUUUAUUUUAUGCUGCCACACGUAAACUGAGAUGGACCUGUAAAUAAAGUCUUUGUGAUACAAGUUAA